ACCACUUGAAUUAAUAAAAGGUAUUGGUUCUGAUUAUGAUGCAGCGUGGGAAUACUUAGAUUCCAUUUACGGGGACCCUCGGUACGUAUCAGACACCAUAACGCAGGACAUCGUUAAAUUUAAAGCCCUAGAAACAGGAGAAGACGCGCGUUUCUGUGAUUUAGUUCAUUUGGUUAGGCGGUGUUUCAACACGUUGAAAGAGGUAGGGGUUCCGAGUGACAUGGAUAACAGCCACAUGCUAUCCAUAAUUGAACAAAAGAUGUGUCCAGAUGAUCGAAAAGUGUGGUCGAGAGACUUAGAGAGAGAGAAAAAGCCCGCAACCCUUAAAGCGUUGAUGAAUUGGAUGACAAUUGAGAUGAAGUCGCGCAUGCGUGCAACAGCCCCAGUCAGGAGUGGUACGUCUCUCACUCGACGCAAAGUCAAUCAUGUCAAUGGUACAGUCACGGAAGAAAGUAAAAACCGAUUCAAGUGUUGGCUCUGCAAGAACUCAAAUCAUUGGCCGGACCAGUGUCAAAAAUUGGCAGCGAUGUCUGUUGAUGAGCGAAUAAAAGUUGCGAAAGAUAAUCACGUGUGUUUCAGCUGUUUGAAGAAAGCGGGUCGGGAUCAUCGUCAAGCAAAUUGCAACAGGCGAAAACAAUGCACCAAGUAUGAAAAUGGAGUCCAGUGCACAUCCAGUCACCAUCCGCUGCUGCACAAGUCAGUUGCAACGGUUGCAUCAGUAACUGGUCUAAACAACUCAAUCCUACCAGUGAUUUCUGCUAACAUUGGCGGAUCAAAUGGUCUCUACAAGCGCGGCAACGUUCUUCUGGAUUCUGGAGCUCAGAUAAGUCUAAUCCGCAGCGAAACGGCGGAGAGUCUCGGUCUGAAAGGGAAAGACAUCUCCGUUAACAUCAUAAAAAUAGGUGGAGAGGAAGAGUCAAUCUGCACAAAGAGCUACAAAGUUCAAGUAAGCAGAAUCGGAGAAUCAAAGAAGUACACAAUCACUGCAGUUGGAAUACCAUAUAUCAGCGAGGAUGUCAAAGGAAUCAAUACCAGGAAUGCAAUCGAAAAACUCGGACUACCAAAGGACAAGGUGAAGCGUGGAAAGGGCCAAGUCGACUUACUUGUUGGAAUCGAUCAUGCAUACAUGCACACGGGUAAAACAAAGCAAGUCGAACAUGUGGUCGCGAGAGAAUCGCCACUCGGCUGGGUUCUGUUCGGAUCAUCAACGGGACAGUCAAACAAUGCAACAACAACUGUAUUACACGUGAGGUACCCAGAAGCAGUUGAUUUAUCAGAAUUUUGGACAACCGAAGCCAUGGGAGUAACAGUAAAGCCGUGCACCUGUGAAGCUGAAAAAUUGAGCCAAUCCGAAAGAGAAGAAAAGCAAGUGAUUGAACAGUCUGCAAAAAAGGUUGGAAAGCAGUGGAUGAUUCCAUAUCCAUGGAAGAAAAACCCCCAAGACUUACCAGAUAACAGAAUCCAGGCAUUGAAACGACUAGAGUCAACUGAGCGUCGAUUAUUGAAAAUUCCUACGCAAGCAGCAGCGUACAACAACAAGAUGACAGAAAUGGAAAACAUGGGGUUUUCUCGAAAGUUAUCCGAGAAGGAAGUUAAGGAACACAAAGAACCAGUCCAUUACAUCUCCCACCAUGCAGUUCUAAGACCUGACAGUACAAGCACCCCGGUUCGUAUCGUUUUCAACUCGUCCGCUACGUUCCGAGGACAUAAGCUGAACGAUUAUUGGCAAAAGGGGCCUGAUCUUCUGAACUCUCUAUUCGGAGUUAUUCUCCGUUUUAGGGAAAAUAAAGUUGCCCUCACUGCGGACAUCUCAAAGAUGUACCACCGAAUCCUUAUCCCUGUCGAAGACCAGCAGGUACACCGAUUCCUAUGGAGGAAUUUAGAGAUUGAUAGACCUCCGGACACUUUCGUUAUGAACGUACUUACGUUCGGUGACAAACCUGCACCUGCGAUGGCCCAAGUUGCCUUGCGGAAAACUGCAGAUGAAGGAGCAUCAGAGAACCCGAGAGCAGCAAAAGUUAUAAAGGACAAUUCUUACAUGGACGAUAUUCUGGAUUCAGUUGCUACAAAUGAAGAAGCAAUCGGGUUGACUAAAGCAAUCGACAGCAUCCUUGAUAAUGGCGGGUUUCAUGUGAAGGGAUGGCAAUCAAACGGAGAGUUGAACAGGAAAGACGAGCAAGAAGAUGGUAAUGAAGUUGAUGUUCCUCAUGGAAAACAAGAGUCAAAAGUGCUCGGCCUGGCCUGGAACAAGAAAGAGGAUGUGCUUAAGUAUAAAGUAAAAGUAGAAAUAUGCCACACCCAACAGCCAAAGUUCACAAAGAGGAAGAUCCUAAGCCAAGUCGCUAGAAUAUAUGACCCAAUAGGCUUUGCAGCACCUUACCUUAUAAGGGCAAAGAUUGGUUUGCAGGAACUGUGGCAGCAAGGACUCGACUGGGACCAUGAACUAUCGCAAAGUGAUCAAACAAAAUGGUUGACGUACUUUAAAGAGAUGGAUCAGUUAAACGAAAUAUCGUUGGAAAGAUGUCUAUGUCCCGUUGUAAUGAUUGAGCCACCGAUCUUAUGUGCCUUUGCCGACGCAUCGCGAGAAGCAUUUGGAACAUGUGCAUAUUUGAGAAGUAUAGGACCUAAUGGAGUGGUGAACGUACGGUUUGUUGCAGCAAAGUCACGAGUCGCCCCAUUGAAAGAGCUAACAAUACCCAGAUUAGAACUACAAGCAGCCGUGUUAGCCAGCCGUUUAUGCAAGACCAUCCAAAAUGAACUCCGUACCACUAAAGAGAGUGUCUUGUUUACCGACAGCGCAAUUGUUCUUGCGUGGAUCCGCAGCCAUGGAAGACGACUCAAACCAUUUGUUUCAAGUCGAGUCGGGGAAAUACAAAGCAACGUCCAACCUGCUCAAUGGAGACACAUCCCAACGGAUCAGAACGUGGCAGAUGAUGUAUCCCGUGGUCUCCGUGUUGUUGAGCUGUCGGAUAGAUGGAAAAACGGUCCUGAAUUCCUGUACUUGCCAAAGGAAGAAUGGCCGGUCGAAAACGCAAAACCCGAUGCAAAAGAAGUUGAAAGGGAAUGUAGAAGUUCAAAAUUGGUAGGUGCAGUGACAACGUCAGUAAACGUAAUUGACAGUGAAAGGUUUUCAAGUUGGAGAAAGCUCGUACGAGUUACUGCUUGGGUUUUGAGAGCUAAGUCAACAUUAUUAGCAAAGGUACGGUCGACAGCGAAGGACACAGCAAGAGGAGAUUGCUUAACACCGGCAGAACUCGAAAGAAGUAGGACAUUCUGGAUUAAAAGAGCUCAAACAAAGAUUCGUGCACAAUUGAAAUCUAACGAAUUAAGAUCUCUGAGCCCUUUUACCGAUGAAGAAGGCACGGUCAGAGUUGGCGGAAGAAUUGAUAACUCAUUAGUCUCUUACGAAACCAAGCAUCCUGCUCUCUUGCCCUAUAAUCACCGAGUCUCCAAAUUGAUAGUGGAAGAGUUUCACAAAAGAGGUCACCACGGCGUGGCAACUACGGUAGCAAAAAUCAGAAGAAUGUAUUGGAUCAUUCGAGCACACGAUUUAGCAAAGAGCAUCAAGGCAAAGUGUGUCACAUGUCGAGCAGCAAACCCAAAAACUGAAUCACAGAUAAUGGCCAACUUACCACCACAGCGACUUCAACCCCAUUCCCCACCGUUCCACUACACAGCAUGCGACUACUUUGGACCACUGACUGUCAAAGUGGGAAGAAACAAGAGAACGAAACAUUACGGAGUAAUCUUUACGUGCCUAAAUACUCGAGCAGUCCACCUAGAAAUCGCCACCGACUGUUCAGCGAUGGAAUUUAUCCAGACUCUGCGAAGAUUCUUCUCAAUUCGGGGAUACCCAGCAGAAAUCUUGAGUGAUAACGGUACGCAGUUUGUUGGUGCAUUGACCGAUCUGCGCAAAAUGAUCCAAGGAGCUGACAAAGGCUACUUCAAGACUACUGCGCGGAAAAGGGAGUACAAUGGAAGUUUAGCACCCCAGCGGCACCACAUCAAAACGGAUGUGCAGAGGCGAUGGUGAAAAGCUGCAAACGAGCCCUGAAGAGAGCGAUUGGAGAACACAUACUUACUCCGUUUGAGCUGUAUACUUGUUUACUGGAAGUAGCGAACUUAGUAAAUCAACGCCCAAUUGGACGACCUCCGAAUGAUCCCGAUGACGGCUCAUAUUUGUGCCCCAAUGAUAUGCUCCUGGGUAGAGCAUCUGUUCAAGUACCACAAGGUCCAUUUCAAGAAACCAAAAACCCCAGAAGAAGGGUGGAGUUUGUGCAAAAGAUCGUGGACUCGUUUUGGAAACGAUGGACAAGAGACACAUUUCCAUUACUUGUCCCCAGAAAAAAAUGGAAUCAGG